UGAUGUAAAGCCUGGCCCCCAGAGGCAGGAAGGAAAUGGAGCAAGGGGUGGGGCCCCGUAGUGUGGGAGCAGCAUGAACAAUAGGACUCCUUGUCAUCACUCCGUGGGACAUGUGGUGCCGGUGGGACCUUUAAAGAAAAUGUUUCUGCCACAGUCUAUUGUACCCGCUCACCCAAUGGCGCCUCCUAGCCCCAGCACUACCAGCAGUAAUAACAACAGUAGUAGUAGCAGCAGCUCGGGCUGGGAUCAACUAAGUAAAACAAACCUUUAUAUACGGGGCCUGCCUCCCAACACCACGGACCAGGACCUGGUGAAACUGUGUCAGCCAUAUGGAAAAAUUGUUUCCACAAAGGCCAUUUUGGAUAAGACAACAAAUAAGUGCAAAGGUUACGGUUUCGUAGACUUCGAUAGCCCAGCAGCUGCUCAGAAAGCCGUCUCUGCUCUAAAGGCUACCGGAGUCCAAGCCCAGAUGGCAAAGCAACAGGAACAAGAUCCAACCAACUUAUAUAUAUCCAAUUUGCCACUGUCCAUGGAUGAGCAGGAACUUGAGAAUAUGCUCAAACCCUUUGGACAAGUUAUCUCGACGAGAAUACUGCGCGAUUCAAGUGGUACAAGUCGUGGAGUUGGCUUUGCGAGGAUGGAAUCAACUGAAAAAUGCGAAGCUGUUAUCGGUCAUUUUAAUGGAAAAUUCAUUAAGACACCACCAGGAGUUUCUGCUCCUGCAGAACCCUUGUUGUGCAAGUUUGCAGAUGGAGGACAGAAGAAGAGACAGAACCAGAGCAAGUACAUACAGAAUGGAAGAGCAUGGCAGAGAGAAGGCGAGGUGAGACUUGCCGGAAUGACACUUACUUAUGAUCCAACUACAGCUGCUUUACAGAAUGGAUUUUAUCCUUCACCAUACAGUAUUGCUACGAAUCGAAUGAUCACUCAGACGUCGAUUACACCCUAUAUUGCUUCUCCUGUUUCCACAUAUCAGGUGCAGAGUCCUUCUUGGAUGCAACCUCAACCGUACAUCAUGCAGCACCCUGGUGCUGUGUUAACCCCCUCCAUGGACCACACAAUGUCACUACAGCCUGCGUCGAUGAUCAGCCCCUUGACCCAGCAGAUGAGUCAUCUAUCACUAGGCAGUACCGGAACAUAUAUGCCUGCCACCACAGCUAUGCAAGGAGCCUACAUACCCCAGUAUACUCAUGUGCAGACAGCAGCUGUUCCUGUUGAGGAGGCAAGUGGCCAGCAGCAGGUUGCUGUAGAGACAUCCAGCGACCAUUCUCCAUAUACCUAUCAGCAAAAUAAGUAACUGUGAGAUGUAUAGUGGAGAGACCUUACCUGGAGAAGGGUGUGAAGGCUGAAACAAUCAUGGAUUUUUCUGAUCAAUUGUGCUUUAGGAAUUAUUGACAGUUUUGCACAGGUUCUUGAAAACGUUAUUUAUAAUGAAAUCAACUAAAACUAUUUUUGCUAUAAGUUCUAUAAGGUGCAUAAAAAUCCUUAAAUUCAUCUAGUAGCUGUUCCCCCGAACAGGUUUAUUUUAGUAAAAAAAAAAAUUUUUAUCAAGUGUUAUGACGCAAAAAAAAAAACCUUCAAUUUUUUGGGUAUGCACAGGUGACCACGAAGACAUUCAUGUGCAUGACCAUGUUUUUUGUUUAUUUUUCUUUUGUUCUUUUUUCUUUUGUGUUUUUUUUUAAUUGUAUGAAAUGGGUUUUCUGAAAUUGAAAAUAGUAAAAAACAUCAGAUCUGAUGUUCUGUGCUUGCAGUGUGCGUGUUGCUGUAGUGCAGUGUUGCAGUUAUAGUGUCCGUUUUCUUAGCUUUCCGUUUGCCUUUGAACGUAGUGUGAAGUGUCUUAUCCUUUUCUAUGAAUUCCAAUUUGCCUUAAAUCUUUCGAUGCUGUAGCCGUUUCAGUAAAAGUUAGUCCAAACUAAUGAUGUAGAAUGCUUUGACCAAAUGAGCUGGUCUAUUAUGCCUUGUAAAACAGCAGCAUAGGGCUUUUCAAAGGUAGUCAAUAAAAGUUGCUGAAAAUUUGGCUUUUUUAAA